AUGUGCAUUUUCCCUCUCCUUGGCUCUGCUGCUUCUGUGCCGCCCGUACCACCCUGUGCCGCCCUGUGCCGUCCUGUGCCACCCCGUACCACCCUGAGCCACCCUGUGCCGCCCUGUGCUGCUGCUGUGCCGCCCUGUGCCGCCCUGUGUCGGCCCUGUGUGAGGCAGAGGCCACUGGUGUACUGUGAUGACUACAACGUGCGCCUCUUUGGCAUUGAGAAGCUGCACCCCUUUGACUCGGGCAAGUGGGGGCGCAUAGUGCGCUUUCUCAUAGAAGAGGGGCGCAUACAGCCGCACCAGGUGGUGCACCCCAGAGCUGCUUCGAACGACGACGUGCUGCUGGGUCGUUGA